AAUUCCAUCCAUUGUGUGUGCAUGUGUGUUCUAGAAAAUCCAGGUUAAAUUCUCGGCUAUGGGUGACCAUAGCAGGGGGUGGCUCAGCACCAUGAGCCUGCUCACUGCAGCACUGUUUGUCACCACGCUGCGGUAUUCCUGGGCCCUGAGUCGCACCGAUUGCUCUGCUGUCGAGCCUGAGGCUGAGAAAGCGGUAGACCUGAUCAAUAAAGGGCGAUGGAAUGGCUAUCUGUUCCAGCUGCUGCGGGUCGCUGAUGCCCACUUGGAUACAAUGGGACCUGCGACAGUGUACUAUUUAGCCUUAGAUGUCCGGGAAUCUGACUGCUGGGUCCUACCUAGGAAGAAGUGCGAAGCAGCUUCUAAACGACCAUCUGAAAUGGUGAUUGGACAGUGUAAGGUAAUAGCUAAGCGAUAUUCAAAAGAAUCUCAGGAUUUUAAGGUGAAAGACUUUAACUGCACCACAAGUUCUGUCUCCUCAGCCCUGAGCAACACCAAAGACAGUCCUGUGCUCUUUGAUUUCUUCGAGGACACUGAGCCCUACAGACCACAAGCUGAAAAAGCUCUGGACAAGUACAAAAAGGAGAACGAGGCUUUUGCUUCUUUCAGAGUGGACCAAGUAGCACGUGUCAUAGUGGCGAAAGGAGGAGAACGAACCAAUUACUAUGUGGAUUUCUCUGUGAGGAACUGUUCUGCAUACCAAUUCCACAGAAGCCCUAACGUCUUUGGAUUCUGUAGAGCAGAUUUGUCCUAUGCUACAGAGCCUUCUGAAUUGGAAACCCCAAAAGACCUUCUUGUAGACUGUGAAGUAUUUAACUUUGAGGAUCAUAAAAACAUCAGUGAUUUGCCACACCAUGGAGGGCAUCAUCACCACUUUGGUCCUCAUGGACCCCCUCCCCAUGGGCACCCUCCCCAUGGACAUCCUCCUCAUGGGCCCCCUCCCCAUGGACACCAUCCCCAUGGACCCCCUCCCCAUGGACACCAUCCCCAUGAGCAUCCUCCUCAUGGGCCCCCUCCCCAUGGACACCAUCCUCAUGGACCCCCUCCCCAUGGACACCAUCCCCAUGGGCAUCCUCCUCAUGGGCCCCCUCCCCAUAGACACCAUCCCCAUGGUCAUGGUUUCCAUGACUUUGGACCCUGUGAUCCACCACAGGAUUACCAAGGUCCCAAAGAUCACCAGCAUCAUGGUCAUGAUCAUGGUCAUGGUCCAUCACAUAGACAUGCAGGAGAAAAAGAGCCAGGUAAAGGACACUUCCGUUUCCAUCGCAGAAAAUCUGGACAUAUUGUCCGACUGCCUCCACUGAAAGUAGGUGAAGUUCUUCCUCUGCCUGAAGCCAAUUUUCCCCGUUUCCUGUUACCAUUCCACAACUACUCCAUACCGCCAGAGUUUCAGCCCUUCCCUCAGUCCACGCUCCCCUCCGCAUCAUGUCCGGGGAAGUUCAAGAGCGAGCUCCCCACGCAACUUGAAGACUUUUUUGCAUACAAGUCUUCAAAAUAAAAUCUGACUCCUUAAAAGAAAAAAAUGAAAUGUUCUGAAUGAGAAUCAUGAAUAAAAUGUGGUCACUAUAAAUGCAAA